CUCCGCGCCGAGCUGAGUCCGUUGCAAGAGGGAACGCUGAGGAGACGGGCUGAGCUUGGAAUGUGGGGAUACAGUGCCGCGGCGAAACUCGGGCCAGGGAGGGGCGCUCCAAGAAGUUCACACACACAUCAUGAUACGUGUCGGCUUGGUUAGCGCCGGAGGAGCGAGGCGCCUUUCCCGGCAGUUCCCCGACGGGCAGCGGGAGGGCCACGCCACGCCCCGGGGCUUAGAAGGAGGCAGAGCCAAGCGCCGCCCGAUAGAAGGAGAGUGCACGGCAAGGAGCGCCCGAGGCAUGGAGGAGCCUUGAGGGCGGCUGGUUGCCCGCAACGUGCCCAGAGACUAGAGAAUGGGGCAGCAGGACGGGGCAGAUCACAAGAGGUGGAUAGUCAUUCUCCUUGGUGGAAUCCUGAUAGCUACAGAACCCGUAGUAGGAGUUCUGGAAGAGACCUGCAACUGCAGCACAGCUGUUGAUUUCCAGGAAUUCCAGGCUGCACUUGCUCCUGAGGGCUGCUGCUUGAAUUUCACUGGGACCAAAAUCGACCCCUUGGAUUGGAGUAUCUUUGAUAAAGUUGCAGGAUUAAAGAAGCUCUACUUAUCCAACUGUGGUAUAUCAGAUAUUGUCAAUGUAGGUGAUGGUUCUUCCACACUGGAGAUUCUACAUUUGGACCAUAACCAACUACAUUGUCUCCCAGAUAGUUUCCUAAGAAAUGCUCCUAGCUUGCAUGUCAUCCAGUUAGAGAGCAAUCAGCUCCAGAAAUUGCCUGAAUCAUUCCUGAAAACGUCUGACCAUAUUCAGGAGAUUCAGCUUGACUUCAAUAAUUUAACUUCACUUCCUUCGGGGAUUUUCAAACCUUCUCUUCUCAAACUAGGUCUCUCCAACAACAGCUGGGACUGUACUUGUACUUUACUUGGAGAUCUGGAAAAGUAUUGGCCUGUGCCAUUUUAUGUUGAGAUGUUGUGUAGCACCCCAGAGCGUUACCAUGGCUUGAACAUCAGAGCUAUCCCUAAACAGGAGCUGUGCCGGAAUCACAACCUAACGGCUCUCUUCAUUUGUCUGCCUUUGGUGGCUGUCCUGGCCUUGGUCACCUGGUGCUUUUGUAGGCAGAAGAAGAAGACUGACUAUGCUCUGCAUAGUGGGAAGGCAUGCCGGCUGGCAACAGUGGAGAGGAAUGGUGCUAAGAGGUUGGGUGAGCAUCACUGUUAUAUCCCCUGUGAUCUUCCUGUUACAUCUGCUGCAGAGAAUGAGAAGAACAUCUUGUUGAGGAAUCAGAUCCUGCUCAAGCCCUCCAAUGCACUCUUAGGGAGCAGCAGGGACCUCUAUGAGGAAGUGGAGAUCAAACUGGGGAAUUCCGAUGAUUCCUUAAUGCGGGCCAAUGAGGAAAGCCUUGAACAAAAUGUGUCAGUUUCCAAAACACCAGCCAUUGCUGAGGAUGGCUUCAUAGGUGGGGAACCUGAAGCUGAGACAGUGAGUGUGACAGAUGUUCUGAAGGAUUCAGCAGACCGGGAGAAGCUCUACAUGAACCAGACAGUAGAUUAUUAUAACUUGGUCCCUGGGAUUGAACUGGAGGACUCUGACCACAUGGAGUAUGAGAAUGUUGACCUUCGCUGACUGACUACUGAGCUAACUACAGCAAAGCAGUUUUAAUGUGCAUUAAAGGCUGAAUUCUAUCUGGUCUUUUGCAGUGGCGGGUCUACUAGCCCCAAACAAGAUGCAAACUCCCAAAUAAUUAGAUUUUUCUUGUAAACUAUGUUAUAUGUUCUGGGCUUUGUCUCUCUGUCUUCUGGUUUCUGUCUUUGGAAUGAGACACCUGCCCUUAAACAAAGAAGAGAAUCUGAAUUAGGAUGUGGCAGAAUCUGCUCCAGUUUUGGGGUGGUAGUGGGGUGGGCCUGCAGUUCAGUUCUAGCUCUUUGAUGUUAUGCACCUUCAUUUGAGCUCUAACUACAGGAGGGCCAGAGGAAGCCUGGCCUAGGAUUUUGUAACACCCCUCAGCUAUUGUUUUUGGAAGCCUAGGGGACAUAAUUUGACUAGAAUUGGAGGGAAUCAAUGGGAGGAGCUUGUGAGUUUCAUUACAUGCCUCCCUGUCACUUCCCCCAUGAAUCAAGUACUGAAAAGUUUGACUUUGCUAGCUCUGCCUUUUUUUUUACUGGACGUCAUGAUUUAUCAUGGUUCCAUCUCCUGGGAAGAAAAUGGAGGUUUGCCAUCCCUGUGUGAGCAAGAAAAGAGGUUAUAAAGCUGGCCAAGAGGUUAUAAGAUGGGC